AACACAAGACUUUGCGGAAUUGACAAGAGGUCAACGAGGAAUUUUGGUGAUCAGAUCAGUCUUAAUCAACAAUCACACAUUCACACAAGCGAUCUGCAUUUCUUGCGUUAGCGUUUUCCGAUCAUGGCUUCUUCCCUCGCUUCAACUAUUGCCAGUACUGCCGGUGCUGCGGCUGGCAAUCAAAACAGGUAUGGGUGGUACGAUGGUUUCAGACUGACUGAAGUGCCUGAGAAUGGUGCUCGAUUCGCCUACGUCAAGUGCAAGGUGGCUAAUACAUUCCACAUCAAGAAGGUCUUCAAGAUUGACAACAACAAGACUUGGGCUGACUAUAAGCAGGUCCGAGAGCGCAUCUUCAGAGAGUGUGGUAAGCAGUGGGUGUGUGAGAGGCGCCUCUUCCUCUGCACCCCAGAUGCCAAAACUGUGGCCGAAACUGGCUUCCCAGCAGCCAAGGGUAGUGGCACCGUUUUCUCGGUGCUGCCAAACCAGUGUGAAGGCUUUGUCAGGCAGAGUGGUGCCAGAUCGGAUGCCUACGCCCUCCUCUGCAGGGUGGCUGUUGGGCAUCAAGGCCGCCAUUCUCAGGAUUCAGGCACCCAAGUCAGGGUCAUGAAUGAGCAACAGGCCUACCCUAGAUAUCUGAUUAUCUACUAAAGGAAUGUUACCAAUAUUUGCUGUGUAGCUGAUGAAGCUGAUUUGAUUUUUUUUCCUGUUUGAACAAAUAGUUAAACUGAAUUUCUUUCAUUGUUAAAAAUAACGGUGUAUGAAAAUUCGGAAAAUUCUGUCUGUGUCAGCCUGACACUGAAUUUUGCUUAUGAGUAAAUAAAAUUCCAAGAUAAAAUAAAUGCAUGUCAUCUUGAUGUGAAUUUAAAACCAAAAUAUUCGGAA